AAGUUAGUAUGCAGACCUGACUUGCUAGGAUGAUAUAAUUUGAAUUUAUCGAGGCACCGUGGUCGUACUUGUUUUCUUUUGCCGUUGACACCACGCCCAGAGCUAAUCUCCACCGAAACGCCUACAAGCGUUCUCGCUCUGCACCGCCGCUUGACGCUCAUCCGCGCAUACCGGUGCACUGCUGCGUGGCACGACUUCUGUCAGGACCCCUGUGCUGUGCUACGAUGAAUUCCGGUGCUGAUCAAUGUUCUUCAGGCGGCUCGUCACCCGCGUCCAACCCCAGGGCGCGAACUCUGUCGGCCCACGUCCGGGGCUACGAGCCGAGACCUCCACGCAGAUCGUCAUCACCACCUUCGAGAAGACACACCGUUGCAUACUACGGCAUGAACCCUGCGGACGCGAUAGAAGGUCCGGCAAACCUCCAGUUUCGCAAUGCCGCAGGAAUACCUUCUAGCUCGGAGAAUCCGUUGAAUGAGCCAGCCCCGGUGCAGGACGCGCGACAGUCCCAAAAACGCGGCAAACCUGCGCUCGAAUUACGUCGAUGCAGUCCUGCACAGCUCGCGUCUACAAGGACCCCGCUGGCGAUGCGCACAAUUGUUGCUGGCCGGAAAAACACCACUUCAGGAGGGCGUGCAUCAUUCCCUGCAGCAACGGGAGGGGCGAGCAGCAAAGAGAGUGCGUCCUCUUCAGCGAGUGGGGUUGGGGUUGUGGAUCGGCAGACGGGGUGCAACGUGCUCCCAUUCGCUGAUGUUUCGCGGGUCAAGCGAAACCCCCACCGCAAGGGGCUGGGAAGCCCCGUCGAGCGCAACCCGUUUGACUCAGAGAACAUGAUAAAAGCGGCGGCAAGUAAACGGGAAAGCAUUCAGUCCGGUCUGUUCGAAAUCGCGCGAGAUGGCGAGCGCCAGCUAGAAGUCGGAGUUGACGCACAUCCCACUGCGGCAGAUGCGGAAACAGCAGAGGUGACACAUGCGGGCGAUACCUUCGAAAGCGAAGCGGCCGCGGAGAACGGAACAGCCGGAGAGCAAGAUGAGUUCGUCAAGAACGCCACCAAGAACCCGUGCUCCAUCACGAAAAGCAGCGCUUUUCAACAACCAAACACAUUUUCUACUUGUCGCAAACCCAGCGCGAGAAGAACUUCUUCCGUCUCCUUCGAUUUGAACGCUGCCCGAGCGGAACACGACGGCGGUGACUCGGAUGGUGACUCGGCUGCUUCGUCGGUUGACUACUUGAUGGGGAAGUUGGAAAAGACGCUCGCGCAUGACGUCAAGCUAAGCGAGAAGCCUGGCGCUGUCCGGAACCAGAUCUGGCUCUCGAAGCUCCCGCUGAAGACGCAGGAUACCAUCGUAAAUUUUUUCUCGAAGCUUGAAGACUACAAGCUGCAGGAUUCGUUUGAGGAGGAAUUUUCAGAACUCAGUGGCGCAGAGGUCAAGAGAAGAUUGGAUUUUUUCGGAAAGCUGAAGGAAGUCGCCAUUGACGAAGAUAUUUUUCUCGAGGAGGUGGGCAAGAGUAAUGGGGCGCAGAUCACAAGCGCUUUGGAGUUUCUGCAAGUCCUGAACAUGAUGGCAGAAGUCGGGGUUUGGGACGAUGAAAAGGAGAACUUUACACAGGACACUAGGCAAAGUGUAGUUUCGCCCGAGCGCCCAUCGCUCGUACCGAUUGCAGAGGUGGACCGUGUGAAUGAUGACCUCGCUCAACGCCGCAGCGACCAGCGUUCCUUGGACCGGGAGCGCGCAAUGCACCAAAUCACAGAAAUAGAUCCGCGUGUGGCUGCAAUUUUCCAGAACAAGCCGACGAGCAGUGGGUCUUCUUCUUCGUCUUCUUCAUCCGCCGCUUCUGCAGUCGGUGCCGCGAAUACCAGCGCAGUACACCUCUGCUUCCCCAAGAUCAGAUCUAACCACACACUUGGAGCGCCGUCGCCCACCCUCCCCGUGGGUGUUUUUGUCAGCGACACGGUGGAUCAGGUGAAGGAUUUGCUGAGGAGGGUGAUUUUAACGGAGGAGUUGGCCGACACGAUACGCGAGCACACACGGGGCGAAUUCAAAGAGAUCUUCCGUCUCCUGCAACGCAACACGAUCAAAGUGGGUAUCAUGCUUGAUCGGUUCGUCCAGCGGCGCAGCGAAGAGCUCGGCAUUCCCGUGCGGAAAUAUAGAGGCUGGACUCCGCAGGUCGCAGUCGAUACGAAGAACGGCGGCAUCGUCAUGCCGGGCGCAGCACAAGCACACGACAAAUCCAGGAGCGAGCAGCCUGCUGCCGUUGACGAACAAGCUGCUCCCGUUUCGCAACUGGAAGGAGGCGCUGAAGGAGAAAGAGUUGAGGUUCAAAGGCCAUCGGAAGAACGACCGAGAGCAGCAAAGACUUCGCUGCCGGACCCUGGCAAUAGAUCAUCCAGCGACAGGAGCCUCGGCCAAGCAAUAGCAUCCAAGAGCGCAUCCGAAGGCGGUCCACCCGAGAGGAAAUACCGUUCUGCAAGCGAAUUAGACAACGUGAAGAAUGCAUCAGGAGAAAAUCGAUCUGUGAAGCAAGAGGCGGGGUGUGGGCGAGAGGACCUGGCCCUCCUUCUGGAGUACGAAAUAACGACGACGCACGUCGUGGCGGUGCAGCCGCAGUUGCCAAGUUCCGCCUCUCACGAAACUGGUCUCGUGGUGUCCGCACCUGGACUGGCAGACGCCCGAUCCGGCGGAAAGGAGAAGAGCGAUGACCUCAGCGUGCGGGAAAGCGUGCAAGAGAAAAAAGCGAAGGAAGUUGUAAAGGAGAACGAAAAUAAGCAGCGACAGGAUAAACUAGGUGCCCAGUCUGAUCAAAAACGGCAAGGAGGGCACUUUCAGCAGGAAAGAGUCAACCAGCGUGAUCAAAGGGCGCCGAAAGAAUCGGCUGCGCAAGACGAGGAUGUAGAAAUGUCCGACGUCUCUGCGGAUGUUGGCAACGACGUCGCCAUGGGAUGUGCCAACCAGGAAUUCGAGCCCGGAGAGGAGAGCAAUAAAGAAGGUGCUACUGAUAGAGCAGGAGCGGAAAGUGACAAAGAAGAAGCGAAACAAUGUCAGCAUUCGGCCACUGCAGCAGUGUCGGACGGAUCAGCAAAAAAUGCAGAGGAGCUCGCGCAGCAGGAUAGUGCAGCUGCUGGAGCGCCGCGAGGUGCCGCGAUAUCGGAUUUCGAGGCAGUAUCGGCAGGAGAAGAGCAACGAGAUUCAGAAAGGCAUGGCCGACGACAAUCGGAGUCGCAAAAACGGGUAGAGUGCAGCAAUGCAGCGGCGAGGGGGAUCGAGAUGCCGGCCAGUGUGGUGACCAGCGCCGCACCGCAAUCUCGCGCUGCAGCACCUACUGGCCCGCGAACGGCCAUUCACGACGACAGCAAGGGCGAAAGUUCGUCCGAGAAGAAAAUGCCGACAGGGUUGUCGGAAAAAGCAGGAGGAUCCACCACCGAGCAUAAACUAUCUUCAAGCAUUCCGACUAGUGGCCGCGGAAGCGAUGCCGUGGUACAGGAGCAGAAUGCUGUGACACGAGCGUCUGUGUCGAAUGCGGAGCAGGAAGUGAACAUACCAAAAAGAUGCGACCCCAACCUGUUGAAAAGCAACGAACCUGGCACGUCGUCUUCGUCGUCCGGAAAGGAAGUUCACACGACAGGGCGUGCUGACCCGAAACCCGUCGGACACAGAGUACAAAAAGAGGGCCUCGAGCAGGCUACUGCGACCGGUAGUCAUCCUCGAGGUGUGCCGGACGUUACGGGUAGUCUCGAUGACAUCAAGGAAGCUGGACAAGAAAAGGUUGCCGCUGGUGCCGACGAUCGCCGUGGGAUUUUGCAGCCAGGUGUCCCGCACAUGCAGUCCCAGCGGGCGAAGAGAGUCGCGGAAGACCGAGCCUUGUCCGGGGUUGGGGCAACCGAUCAAGUACCUGUAGAGGCGUUCUCAAGUUUCACUCCUGGCACGGCGAGAGUUGAAAAAGAGCAGACCUUGCAAGCAGUGAAAGGUCCUCGUGCACGACCACCCAUGUUGCAAAACAGCGAAAAGAAGGGAGAGAAACAAGAGCAUGAUCAUGGUCGGUCAGAUCCUAAGUCCACAGCUGCGAUUCUCCACCAACCAACACGCGGUGCAGAGGCAGGCUCACAAGAAGUGGCGGAAUACAACAAGAAGCUUGACGAUUGCGAUCUAGUCAUGACGGUAAUUGCGAUGCGUAUAGGAAAACACCUGGGAUUGGGCGAUGCGAUUAGCAAAGCACCUGAUUUUGCGGAGCUGGUACCAGCACUGACUAAUGAUGAAUAGCCUGCUCGUAGUACUGAGUAUAUUGAUUUAUGGUUUUGCAUUUGCUUCAUUCUUGAAUCAAAAUCGCAGUCUACGUAUGCUAACUACCAUAUCCGAUGCUCCUUUGACACUGCUCGUUGACGGAAAACCACGGAAAAACCAAACCCAUUGUGCAGCAAGCUUUCGCCAGUACGUGCCGAAUUGCAUUUCGUAGCUGGAAAGCUAAUGACCUUGCGCCGUCACGUCUGGAGCUGCGAUUCAUGGCGGGCCCAUUUCUCUUUGUCUUGACGAAGAUCCAACGGCAGUAAGCCCUUUUGGUUGUUGAUGCGUGAAGAUGUUUUGUGAAACGUGCUUGUACUCAAGUAGGGUUAGAAAUUGACUUAAAGCUUGGCGCAUGCCUGUGCUCUUCUUUACUGUACGAAAAAUGCCCCUGGAACAAUCUUCCUACUAUCAACAAACACCCAGGACUCUCUUCGAUUUGUUGCUCUUGUCGCGGUCGGUCACAGCAGGAAAGUCUGACCUCAAGGACGACGACGCUUCGCUUGUUGGUCCGCUGCUGGGUGCGCGAAGCAAGACGGAGAAGAAGCUGGUUGGGGAGUGUCCCGGAGGCGUGGAGCGGUUUGACUUUGCACUGCACGACGCGGCGAUGAGCACUGGCGACAAGAAGACAUCACAAAAGGCGGGCUCUUCGUUGAACCGUUUCAGGGUCUUUCACGUGAUCUUGGCAAUCGCCCACGUCGUUCGCAUCCAAGCUUCCAAGGGCGGGAACACGGUGCCCGGAGCUUCGUUGCUCGAUCGGUCCAACUAUCCUAAGUAAAAACGUACCCACACCAGAGUUAGGAUGGGGAUUUUGCAACACAAACCUAGGAGUUUUGUGAGUCACGCAUGACAAGUUGCGCUCUGCAGUGUAGUGCAGGUUAGCAAGUGCAGCCGCGUCACAAAUCCAGCUGCUCAUCCUGUUCACAGCAUCACAAAUUCCCAAACCCGAUUGGAAAUGGCUCUCAUGGGGAUGCGCAUUACAAGUCUUCCUGUCUUUGCAAAUCUGCAUUACAACUCUGGUGUGGGUACGUUUUUACUCAGGAUACCAACCUUCGUGAUCCGGUGCGGAAAUUUGUCAACCUGAAGCUGGCCGAAUAUCCUGAGUAAAAACGUACCCACACCAGAGUUGUAAUGCAAAUCUGCAUGCUGAAAAUGUUUCUCAUGCGGAGCCUCAUGAGGAGCAUUUUCUAGUCGUGUUUUGCAAUUUGUCAUGCUCCAAUCAGCAUUGUAUGCUAGAUCUGUGAUGCUGCUGAGCUAGCUCAAACAGCACUACACUACGAAUCCAAAUUUGUCAUGCAAAACAGCCAAAACUUGUGGAUUUGUCUAGCCGAUUUCCCAUCUUGACUGUGUGGGUACGUUUUUACUCAGGAUACCGAAAAGAUUGCGAACAACCUCUUCCCGCAUCUGGCUGGCACAGUCUGCGACUGCGGGCGCGACGACCCGGUUUUCAAGGAGAAGAUGAAUAAGUACUUACAACUUCUACUCGUCUUACAAAUUCAAAGAAACCAAAACCGAUUGAAUACAGUUUUUGAUUUUUUCAUCACCUAGAGCGAAUGCGAAAGUCAAUCGAUUCUUAAAAGGAAAUCCAUUUUCUAUUCCAGGGUGCAAGCGGGGCUCCAGGGCAUGAUUCAGAGAAAACACGUUGAACGCGUCGAGGUGACGGAGCUGGAGAAGGUUUGUUGUCAUGAGGGAGAAGAGUGCGACGCGUCAGGAUAUGCCUUCGAGUUCGUGUCCGUUUUAUACGAGCGGGAGGAGGACCCACCGAGGCACUACUGGACUUGCUUCGCGCCGCCCCGCUUUACAGGUGCUACCUCUACCGCGACGUCAAGCAGCGUGCCGCCUGCGAAAGUCAGUGCGAAAACACAGAGCGUUGGUUUUGCUCCUGGGAAAGAAACGGCGCGAGGAGAACCGCUGGUUGCAGGAGAAGAGAAGAAGUUCGCGAAGAUGAAGGUAGCAAAUAAAAGUAACGCAUCGAAGUCAACAAUCCAAGGAGGAGCUACGAGAGGGGACGGGAAAUCGAUCGCGAAGACGGCUGGACUUGUUAACGGUCCGACUUUUUCCAAGUCUACAAGCGACGCUGGCCCGGGGUCGAAUAAACACGGCAUUGCAGCUGCACCGUCGUCUUCAUCAUCCGACUUGCUCGGAAAUAGUAACCCAUUUGCCAUUCAUCAGCGGAGCGGCGGCAAAUCGGUACAAAAGUUUUUUGAUCUGUACAAAGACACGUCGUGGAGCACUGCGGGAGACGGCGUGAAAGAAGGUUACAGCAUCAACGUUUACGAGAAGUCGAUCAAUCUUUACGACCACUCCCUCGUGUACGCGGGUGGCGCGGAGAAGGUACAUUAAUGAAGAGUGACCUUCUGAUCAUGCUUGAUAUGAGUAUAGUGCAGCUUGCGGAUCAGUACACAGUUGAGCAGCCUGCGUUUGAAGUCUGAUCGUGCAGUUGAAGAAAUGAUAAUUAACCACUACAUCAAACACUAACAGGGCCGUAUUCAGGUGAAGAAGGAAGCCUUUAGUGACGGCAAAAAUCCGGACUUGUUGAUCGUGAAGUCCGAGGAAAAUCCGGUGAAAAGUAGCACAGUGCCUUGUGGUCUGCGAUUCGGCAGUGCGCCAAACUGCAGUGGAGUGCAAAAGGAACUACUUCGGAGUCCGGAAAUACACGUCCGGACGCAGCCGGGCGCCAACCCCGAGACGUUCCUCUUGAGCAAGAAGUUAACGAAGCGCUACUACGUCAAGCCGACAAGCGCCGCUCCAUCGCAAAGUGAAAAAGGAAAAGCAGUCAAGUCUACCGGUAGUGCACUUGCCGGAAGUGGGACGAAGCAACCAUUUCAGGAAGACGAAGUCGUGGACAAGUUCUUUCGGGAGUGGGCCGGAACUCAGUGGAUCUCCAAAGCAAGCAAAGCGGAGAAACUUGCCACCGGACAGUACUCUGUGCGAGUAAUGGCUGGCACAGUGGAGCUCUGCUACGAGAACAAGGUACAAGUCACCAAUUGUAUGCGCAUUGAAGAUGAAGUUGUUUUUUUUUGGUCGUCAUUCCUCGCACUUCGUGCACUUCUUUAUCGAUGAACGCAAAAUAUUGUUCUCAGGUUGUUGAAGUCGUCGGAAAAGCUGAAUUUUCUGCGGUGGAGGCUGGGCUCAUCGAGUUGAGUAAGGACACCUGCAGAAUUCGAUCUAUCACAUAUGCGAAAGAGGACGCCCUGGACCGCGAGAGCUGGGAAUUUCUGGCUACGAUUACGGUGCCACCAACUGCCGCGUCUGCGCCAAGCACGGGCUCGUCGAAGAAGAACUCGGACUGUUUCUACGUCGAGUUCAGCUACGCGCGGCCGGCUAAAAUUUCUAGAAAAUAAGCUUGUUUGUUUGUACUGCGGGUUUUGGGUUCUUGUGCGGGUUUUUGAAGUUUUGGGUUUCACAGAUUUGCUUGCUGCAGAGGCCUAUGCACAAACAUGAUUACAAAUAGCGAUAGCAUGUUUUUCAAUUGAAUAAUGACAGGUCACAUUCGAAUUUUCAUCAUUUUUUGGCUUCAAGACAAUGAAUCAUUGAAUUGCUUCACCGAGUUUUUUAAAUUAUGGUUUAGCUUUAGGGUACAGAGACAUAUGCAUAAGUUUCUGAAUAGUUUCAUUUUGCUUUUGGUUUAGGGUUCAUGAAAAUCCUCACGAUUUGAACAGUUUAGACGGGUACGGAACACAGCAGAUUCAUGAAGAUAUUGCAAAAUGCACCUUUAAUUCGCAAACGCAACAUUUUAGAUUUUGUCAACUGCUUGAAAUUUUAGCAACAGCCUUC